AUGCUCGCGCGAGGCUUCCCGCCGGACCACUUCACACUGCCCCCCGUCCUCCGCUCAUGCGCGCUCACCGGCUCGGCGGCCCUCGCCGCCUCCGCCCACGCGCUCUCCGUCAAGCUAGGCGCCCAGGGAAACCUCUUCGUGGCGUCCGCGCUGGUGCAAUGCUACGCGGGCAUGUCGAACCUCCCCCACGCGCGGAGGCUGUUCGACGGAAUGCGCGAGAGGGACGCCGUCCUGUGGACAUCCAUGCUCUCCGCUUACUCCCAGGGUGGGCAGCCAGAGGAGGCGAUGCGGUUCUUCGAGGGGAUGGUGGCGGCCGAGGUGCAGCUGGACGCGGUGGUCAUGGUCAGCCUUCUUCUCGCGUGCGGGCAGCUCGGCUGGCGGCGCCACGGGAGAAGCGUGCACGCGUGCUGCGUCCGGAGGUUCCUGGGGAUGCCUCUCUCCCUAGGAAACGCCCUUGUGGACACGUACGUCAAGUGUGGGGAGCUUGCGUACGCCGAACGGGUGUUCUCCGUGAUGCCCAGGCGGGAUGUUAUCUCGUGGAGCGCGCUGAUCGUCGGUCAUGGUUUAAACGGGAGCUCUGAUGUUGCUCUGAGGCUUUUUGAUGAGAUGGUGGCCAGAGGAGUGGAACAGAACUCGGUCACCUUCCUCGGGGCCCUGUCAGCCUGUGCACAUUCGGGCAUGGUGGAGAAAGCAUAUGCUAUAUUCCAGCAGAUGAAGCAGAAGGGCAUCAAGCCUGAGCUGAAGCAUUACUCUUGCGUGGCUGAUGCAUUAGGGAGGGCUGGCCGUGUUACCGAGGCCGUCAAUCUCAUAGAGGAAAUGCCUUGCCAGCCAGACGAGGCCAUGCUUGGUGGCAUACUGGCAGCUUGCCGAGUGCAUGGUGAAGUGGAUGCUGCCGAAUGGAUUUCGAAGAGGCUGAUGGCCAUGUCUCCUGCAAAGAGUGGCUACUACAUGAGCCUGGCAAACGUGUAUUCUGACGCUGGAAGGUAUGUUGAUGCGGAGAGAAUAAGAGGCUUCAUGAAGGAAGUCAAAGUCGACAAGCUUCCUGGGUAUUCUGUCUCGGAAUCAAAUAACUAGCUCCAUAUAGUAGGCAACAGAUUUUGAAGCAGUUUGGCAAGUCUAGUGACAUAACUCCCAGUUCAGUAUAUGCUUUGCUUUGACAAAGCAUGUAGUCACAUGGUGGCUGGGAAGGAUAAAUCAGAUGACUCAGCUAGAC